AUGACGUCGAAGUCAAUAGGUCCUUUUGCUCAGGCGUGGUACAAGUGGAAGGCCUUGCGCCUUCCUUGGCGGCGGCGCUUUCUCAUUGGCUUCGAUCUCAAAGGCAACACCUUCUGGGAGUUCCGCAACACCCGCGGGACCAAGGAAUCCGGCGAGCGCUGGCGCCGCAUCGUCUCCUACCCCCGAUCAACGCACUACUCCGAGGUCAAGGUCAGCCCGCAAUGGCACCAGUGGCUGCGGCACACGCGACGAGAGCCCCCGACGCUGGAGGAGCAGCACGAGGAGGUGGCGCGCCAGGAGAGGAUGAAGUACCUCGCCGCCGAGGCGGACGCGCGCUGGGAGGCCAAGCCUAGGGUCAUGGAGGCCCCGAGGGAGGAGCAGGAGAAGUUGCCGUUGGCGAAGGAGAGAGCGCCGGCAGAUGAGGCGAGCGCGGCAUCUCCUCAGACAAAGAAGACGGAAAAGGCGGACGAAAAUGAUCCUUGGGCUAGGGCAAAGGCUCAGGGACCCGGCGAGAAAUGGCAACCUACGGCGUGGAACCCCGCGGCCGCAAAGAGAAAUCGAUGA